CGAGCAUCGAGAGAGCCACACAGAAAACCGGCUAAUUUGUUAGAUAAAGAUCUACGGUGAGAAGGAAGAACACCAAGAGAAAAUAGAACUGCUUGAUUCUAUUUUGACACUGACAAUGCAGUUGGCGGUGUUGUGCGUUCUUAUGCUGGCAGUUUAUGAACCUCUUCUUGUUCAUGCAAAAAAAUUAGUAGUAGUUUACCCUCGGCAAAUACGACGUAGCCCGAUGAUACCAUGGCGUCAAAAGUUGUCAAAUUUUAAAAAGACAUCUUACAGAAAUAACGAAUUUUAUAAUAUGCAUCAUGAACAUCCUGCUCCACAUUUCUAUGGACCUAGACCUGUUUAUCAAAGGGGCCCACCUUUUCCGCAUGGUGGUGAUGAUUUCGAUCAUGGUUACGAAGUUAAUCAUGUGCAUGUACCACAUAGUAAAGAUAUCAGUCAUAUGAUCUCUUUUGGCAAGGGAUACGUUCCCUAUGAUAAUAUCAGAGGUACAUUUUCAUUAGACAAUAACAAAUACACAGAUAUGAUAGAAUAUGGUAAUAAAUAUAUCGAGCCCAGUCAUGCUUCCACAAAUUAUUCACCAACGGGAUCAGAAUACAAUACUCCACCGUCUGGUUACAUGCAAGAAAAUAUUUUCAGUGAUUCUUAUUUUUCCGAUCUAAAGGGUACGGAUCUUCAAAAUAGAAAGAACGAGGAUGUUAAGAAUUACAUACCACGAGCUAUCAAUAAUGAAUUGACGAAGUCUAUGGACGGUGUUCUUGAAAUGAACAAAGAUGUUAAUCCUAAGAAUCCAGUAUAUUAUAAGGAUACAGGUUAUCAGGAUAAUAAAGCGGAAGGUGCUGUAAUUGUUCCGGUUGGUAUUCCAUCGGCUACAAUAGGUGGCAGCAAGGAAGGUAUUAUUUUUCGUGAUAGCGUGUCAUUGGAUGAUUACAACAAAAAGGUUGAAGGGUUCACCAAAAAUUGGCCUCGUUUAUUGGGUGCCGAUUCUCUUCCUCAAUCACAGAUUAUCAGUUCGAUCAGUUCGAUCGAUGAUUCUACUCUUUUACAACAACAACAACAACAACAACAUCAACAGCAAUUAAUAAAUCCUUUACCAAGUCCAGCUGCUCUAAUAGGAGCGAACUAUCCUGUUUCUGGUUCAAAUUGGUUUUCGGAAUUUGCACAACCCAAAAGAGGAUAUGCUGUGAAAGAGGAACUAAUGGAACCACCUCACGAUUUUCGUACUAUGCCUAUUCAAACUUCACCCAUUCAGAGUUUCCCUAUUGGGAUAAAUGUUGGACCAUCUGUUUUGCCUCCCAUGAUUCAUGUACGAUGAAUACAAGAAACAAACAACUAAUGUGAUAACGCAACUAGCUUAUUUAUGUAUGAUACUUUUCUAUUUAUAUUUAUUUUUAUUGAUAUAUAUACAUAUAUGUGUAUGUAUAUGUAUAUAUAUAUGUAUAUGUA